AUGUCAAGGAAUUAUGCAGCGUAUCAAUACGAGAGUGCUUUCAGACCUAGAGCAUUGAAGAACUGGGAGGUUCCCAACUUAUUCUGUGACCGACCUCUUCAAAGAAGCGGCAAAACGAAAAUCAUAGCUAAUUCGAGAGGCCACAUCCUACCUGGAAUAGUACGGCCGCAAUGCAACCCCUGGGGAGAUUUUGUUGGUACUUGGUCGAUGCCAAAAUAUAUCAGUAGAAAGAUGGCUGAUGUGUUGAAUAGAACGGAUUCUGGUAGAGAAAAACUGAAAGCCUGCAAAGCUCGUUUGCUCUCCGAGAAGCUUCCUGAAAAAGAGAUUCCGAAAAAAGAGCCUGAUGAAACCGUAGAUAUAGAAAACGUUGAUAAUGAAGAUACAAUGGUCGAAGAGAGGAAAAUCUAUUGCGAAGAGAAUCAAAAUGUAUCAGUGCCAAAUGAAGAAAUUCAGAAGAAGAUAAUGUGUCCUAUUCAUGAUCUGUACAACGAAUAA